AUGCCCUCCCUUUACUCCGUCCUCUCACCACUCCUCUGCAUCCUCACCGUCGUCUCUAUUCUCUCUACAACAGGCCUAUAUAUCUACCCGCUCCUUUUGAACUGCAGUUAUCCUAACCCAAACGCCCCCUUCCGACUCCUCACCCUUGCGGAUCCGCAGCUCGAAGGCAAUACGUCAAUCUACUCUUCCCGUUAUGCUUCUUCCCCACCAUGGAUCCGUUCCCUCCGUCGCUUUCGAAAAACCCUCGACCUCUGGGGAAAUGAUCACUAUCUCGCCCAUAUCUACCGUACAUUACAUACCACCGUCCCCGCAUUAACUAGGUUGCUUCCAUUCCUGCCGCAGGGGAUGCCAUCACCUACACAUGUUACAGUUCUUGGCGAUCUCAUCGGAUCCCAAUGGAUCAGUAAUACCGAGUUUAACUCCCGGGGUAAUCGGUUUUGGAAUACGGUUUUUCCUACGGCGAGAAGGUUACCACCGAGGGCUCUUACAGAGUCAGGAAGGAUACCGAAGACGAUAUAUCCGUUGAUUCAAUGGCCAUACACGUUGAUUAAUGUGGUUGGGAACCACGACAUUGGGUAUUCUGGGGAUAUCAGACCGGAUUUGAUCCAACGGUUUGAAGAGACAUAUGGCCCGGUGAACUAUGAAUUUACAAUUCCCUUUCCUGAGAUCAAUGUUUCCAAAUCCGUUGAUGGCGGUCCUCCACAAAACGUCACGAUAAACCCGACUCUAAGAAUUAUAAAUCUUAACAGCUUAAAUAUCGAUUCACCUGCCCGGGACUAUGAUAUUCAAAUGCAAACAUACAAUUUCAUGAAUAAGGUCUUUUCCGAAGAUAUCAACUGGGAUGGAUCCGUCGCCACAGUACUACUGACUCACGUUCCACUUCAUAAACCAGCUGGAGUCUGUGUUGACCCGCCAAUGGAGAAAUAUUAUGAACCGAAAUAUGGGUCCUUGCUUAGGGAGCAGAAUCAUAUCUCAAAGGGAGCGAGUGAUAUGCUACUCGGUGAGCUAUUUGGAAUCAGAAGAGCUGGAGAGGAAAAUAUUGGGGAAGGGAAAGAGAUGGGUAUUAUCCUAACAGGACAUGAUCACGAGGGAUGUGAUACUGUGCAUUGGUUUGGUAAAAACGAUGAAGAGCAGAAGAAAGAAGGGGAAGAGAAGAUAUGGAAGAGUGCGAAGUGGGGUGAUAGAGAUGGCAGGGUUGGACAAGGGGAGAAGUGGGUUAGGGAGGUUACGGUUAGGAGUAUGAUGGGGGAGUUUGGAGGAAAUGCGGGGCUGACAAGCGCUUGGUUUGAUGAGAAGACUAUGAGCUGGAGAUUUGAAUAUUCUUCAUGUCCAGUUGGCAUUCAGCAUUUCUGGUGGACGGUCCAUAUCGUGGAUUUUAUUACGAUGGUGCUUGCUGUAGUGGUGGGGAUUAUGGCGGCUGUCGGGGCUGAUGGAAGAAAGAAGGUACCGAAGGUUGUUGUUACUAAGGCGAAUGGGAGUUCGAAGGGUAUUAAGGAGAAAAAGGUGCAGUGA